AGUCCGGAAGUACGGGCGUCCUCUGGAAAUAUUAACUAUUAACGCACCGCAUUGACCUGCUGUGUCCUCCAACAGUCGUGAUUUGACAGCUGAUCGACAGGAGCUUUAAAAUCAUGGUUUUCGAGGAGAAGAGGGCAAUGCACGGAGAACCCGACGAUGAGGAGGAAGAUGAGGAAGAAGAGGAAAUGGUGGAUCCUCUUGAAACAGUGCGACAGAAAUGUGAAGAGAUAGAGCACUGUGUUCACACUCGAGAGCUGCUGGAGCAGUGUGAGACGAGGGUUGGCUCCAGGUCUUCGACAACAGAGGAUUGCACUGAGGAGCUCUUUGACUUUUUGCAUGCUCGGGACCACUGUGUGGCGCACAAACUGUUCCAUUCAGUCAAAUAAAGUCUUUCAUGGUUGCUGCACCUCUGACAGUUGACAUUCUUCAAAUAUUACAUUAUCAGAAGAACGCAGUUCCCACGCAGUAAACCCAGAUGUGCAUCUGGUAUAUGUUGUAACUUUAAAUGUGUACUACUAUCUAUCUGUUCAUGUGAAAUCCAGUAUUUAACAAGGGUCAGCAUUUUAAUAAAGUGUAUGACUUUUGAAAACCUUCAAAA